CAGGGUGUGAGUUAAAUCCACCAAUCAGGAAUGAGAAAACAGUUCGAGCUUGCCACACCCUCUUCUUCAGCUGUAUAUACUCUUGGUACGCUCAGUUCCUAGUAGUCAGUUGCAAUGGCACCUAUUGGAGGAAGAGGUGAUAAAGCAAAGCGAGGCAUUCUUGAACGCCUUGAUGCUGGAGAAAUUGUAAUUGGAGAUGGAGGCUUUGUAUUUGCCCUAGAGAAGAGGGGUUAUGUUAAAGCUGGACCAUGGACCCCAGAGGCUGCAGUGGAACACCCAGAAGCAGUACGGCAGCUGCACAGAGAAUUCCUCCGAGCUGGUGCAAAUGUUAUGCAAACCUUUACUUUCUACGCUAGUGAUGAUAAGCUAGAGAACAGAGGGAACUAUGUAGCUGAGAAGAUCUCUGGUCAGAAAGUCAACGAGGCUGCAUGUGACAUUGCAAGGGAGGUGGCUAAUGAAGGUGAUGCUCUAGUUGCCGGAGGAGUGAGUCAGACACCAUCAUACCUCAGCUGUAAAAGUGAAUCGGAUGUGAAAGUUAUUUUCAAAAAGCAGUUGGAUGUCUUUAUAAAAAAAGAUGUUGACUUCCUAAUUGCUGAGUAUUUUGAACAUGUUGAGGAAGCUGUUUGGGCUGUUGAAGUACUAAAGGAGUCUGGAAAACCAGUUGCAGCAACACUUUGCAUUGGCCCAGAAGGGGAUUUGAAUGGUGUUUCACCUGGAGAUUGUGCGGUUAAGUUGGUAAAAGCUGGUGCUGCUAUUGUUGGAGUCAAUUGUCAUUUUGACCCAAUGACCUGUGUUGCAACUGUGAAGCUCAUGAAGGAAGGUUUGGGGGCCGCAAAACUGAAAGCGCAUCUAAUGACGCAGCCACUUGCCUAUCACACGCCUGACUGUGGCAAGCAAGGAUUUAUUGAUUUGCCAGAGUUUCCAUUUGCUUUGGAACCAAGAAUUGUCACCAGAUGGGACAUCCAUAAAUAUGCCAGAGCAGCCUAUGACCUUGGUGUGCGCUACAUUGGAGGCUGUUGCGGGUUUGAGCCCUACCACACUAGAGCUAUCGCAGAGGAGCUGGCUCCAGAAAGAGGUUUCUUACCUCAAGGAUCGGAGAAGCAUGGCAGCUGGGGAAGUGGCUUGGACAUGCAUACUAAGCCCUGGGUCAGAGCAAGAGCCAGACGCAACUACUGGGAGAAGCUGCCCCCAGCCUCAGGAAGACCAUAUUGUCCUUCUAUGUCAAAACCAGAUGCCUGGGGUGUGACCAAAGGGGAUGCAGAACUGAUGCAGCAAAGGGAAGCAACUACUGAACAACAACUGAAAGACCUAUUUUCAAAGCAGAACUGAGGCUGUAGUUAUACCUUCAUGAUUCCAAAUCCAUAGUAACAAUCACUUGUAACUGAUUUUUACAUUUAUGACCAUAAAGUGAUUUCUUUGGUA